CUUAGGGUUUCUCGUGCUCCAUCUAUCAGAGGUGGGCGGGAUCCGCGGCCCCCUCUAUCUUUUCGUCUUUCCUCUCCGUGAUUCUUUUUAUAGGGUCUCGUACUCCGUUCCUCUUUCUUUGAUGGCGGCUUCGGAUGUUGAAUACCGUCUAUUCAUCGGCGGUCUCUCCUGGUCCACUGACGACAAAUCACUCCAGAGUGCCUUCAGCCCUUUCGGUGACGUUCUCGAGUCAAAGGUUAUCAAUGAUCGGGAGACGGGAAGGUCAAGGGGCUUCGGAUUCGUGACUUACGGCAACGAGCAGGCCAUGAGGGAUGCCAUUGAGGGGAUGAAUGGGCAGAACCUUGACGGUCGGAACAUCACGGUGAACCAGGCUCAGUCUCGAUCUGGCGGUGGAGGCGGAGGUGGCGGCGGAGGUUACCGCGGUGGAGGUGGUGGAGGAUAUGGAGGUGGAGGAUAUGGAGGUGGUGGUGGUGGAUAUGGAGGUGGUCGAAGCGAUGGUGGUUACGGCGGAGGGAGGAGCGAUGGAGGGUAUAGCCGUGGUGGUGGCGGAGGGCGAGAUCGUGGGUAUGAUGGCGGAUCUCGCUACUCCGGCGGUGGGGGUGGAUCUGAUGGGAACUGGAGAAACUGAAGAACGGCCGAUCCGAUAUGGGCGGCUUAUGGAACUAGGUCUUUAUAGUAGAGACGGUUCUGGUUAUCUAGGGUUUUUGAUUUGGUCUAUGCUUGCUGGGUUUUGAUCUUUGCUGUCGCUUGUUUUUUGGAUUUAGGUGUGCUACGUGGUUGAUGAAAUCGAAAAGAAGAAAUAGUAAAUCUGAAUUUUUCUUUGUGCGAUU